CACAAUUGUUUAAUUUGUUUUCUCUUUAUAUCUAAAACAGGGCUCCGAAAUUUUCAAAACCUAAUUGAAAUCUGAAGAAGAGAAAACUGAAUCUUUUGCAUCGAAUUGAGUUGGGAGGACCUCAAUCGAAACCGGACGCUGGUGCAUCGCUCAAUCGUUGGUUAGGGAUUGACAUUUGAAAUCUCAAGAUGCCGGCUACAGCAGGUAGGGUUCGCAUGCCUGCGAACAAUAGGGUCCACAGCAGUGCAGCCCUUCAAACCCAUGGCAUAUGGCAGAGUGCCAUUGGCUAUGACCCUUAUGCACCCAAUAAGGAAGACAAGAAGGAUACUUCACAAAAUCUGCCAAAUGCGGAACCUGAUGCUGAGAAUGCAUAUGCCAGCUUCCAGGGGCUUCUACAGCUUGCUAAGAUAACCAAUGCUGAUGUAGAUGUGUCCCGUGGGGCCUGCAAGAAAUGUGGGCGUGUUGGGCACCUCAAGUUUCAGUGUAAGAACUAUGUGAAAAUCAAGGAUGAAAAUGAGGAGAAGGAUCCUGAUGCCAUGCAGCCUCUGGGGUUGGUUGGAUUGGAUAAAAAGUUGAAGGGAAGGGCUGAGAAGGUGGAUAGGAGAAGCAAUGUUGAGAGCUCAGAAGAGGAGGAGGAGGAGGAGGAUAGUGAGAGUUCAGAUUCUGAGAUUGAUUCAGAGAUUGAGAGAAUUAUUGCUGAAAGGUCUGGGAAGAAAAUUAGUGGGAAGGGAGGUUCUUCUAGAAAGAAAGGGGAUUCGGAUGAUGAUGGGUCUGACAAAGAUUCUGGCAAGAAGAGAAAAAAGAGAGGGAGGUCAAAGCAGAGGAGGGGGAAGAGGGAAGUGAGUGAUUCAGAUGAUUCAGGCGAAAGGAGGAGGAAGAGAAGGAGGGAGCACAGGAGGAAGAGGGACAAGUCUUCAGAUGAGGAUGAUGAGUAUAGGCGCAGGCGAAGAAAGAGUAGGAAGGAGAAGAGUAGAAGGAGAAGCCGUCUAUCAGAUUCUGAUUCUGAAACAUCUGAGGAUUCUGCUAUACGGCACAAGAGGAAAAGCAAGAGAGCCUCAUCAUCGUCGGACACUGAUUCGAGUGGAUAUAAUAAUAAUUCAAGGAUGGGUAGAAAUGUCAACAAAUCAGAAAAGAGGAGACGCCACCGUAGGGAUGAUGAAUAGAGUGGCAAAAUCGGUGCAGUAGUCAAUUAUAUGUCCUUUGAUGAUUCUAAAUUUUCAUGUAUCAAACACUUCAUGCUUGUCUGUUAUUGUGCGUUGCUUUGCGCUUGAGUUUCAGAAUUUGCAGAAUUUGGAUGUUCAAUAACUGUAUUGAUUUUUCUAUACUUUAGAGUGAUAUUAAAU